AUGGGGAGCAAGGCCCUGCCGGCGCCCAUCCCACUGCACCCUUCGCUGCAGCUGACCAACUAUUCCUUCUUGCAAGCCGUCAAUACGUUCCCGGCCGCCGUAGACCACCUGCAAGGCCUCUACGGCCUGAGCGCCGUCCACACCAUGCACAUGAACCACUGGACGCUGGGUUCCGAGAUCAGCCGCUGCUCGGCGCUGAGCGAAAUGGCGGCGGCGCAAGGCCUGGUGGAGCGCUUCCCCUUCCCGGGCCUGCCCUUCGCCACGCACCUGUUCCACCCCAAGCAGGCCGCCGCCAUCGCGCACGUCUUGCCGGCGCUGCGCAAGGAGCGACCCCGCUUUGACUUUGCCAACCUGGCGGCGGCCGCCACACAGGAGGACCCGCCCAAGGCGCACGCGGUGGCGGCGGCCGCGCAAGCUCAGGGCGAGCUGGCCAAGCUGGGCGGGCCUCUGUCGGCGGCGCUGGGCAAGCUCUCCCCCGAGAGCCGGAAGCCGGCGCGGGGCCGGCUGCCCUCCAAGACCAAGAAGGAGUUCAUCUGCAAGUUCUGCGGGCGACACUUCACCAAGUCCUACAACCUGCUCAUCCACGAGAGGACCCACACCGACGAGCGGCCUUACACGUGCGACAUCUGCCACAAGGCCUUCCGGAGGCAAGAUCACCUUCGCGACCACAGGUAUAUCCACUCCAAAGAAAAACCCUUCAAGUGCCAAGAGUGUGGGAAAGGAUUUUGCCAAUCCAGGACCCUAGCCGUUCAUAAAACUUUACAUAUGCAGGAAUCUCCACACAAAUGCCCCACAUGUGGAAGAACCUUUAAUCAAAGAAGUAACCUGAAAACUCACCUUCUCACCCAUACAGACAUCAAGCCCUACAACUGUGAGCAGUGCGGCAAAGUGUUCAGGCGCAACUGUGAUCUGCGGAGGCACAGUCUAACUCACACCCCGCGGCAGGACUUCUAGAACAGCCGAGAACCCCUCCCCUGGGGAGCUAAUUCUGGCUCAAGGACUUGAACUGUAGCGUAAUCUUUAUGUCCACAUGGGUGAUGUGGACAGGUGCCUCUAGGGGCUUGAUUCCAUGUCCCCUAGUGCCAGCCGGUCCUCUUUCUGCUGUGGUGGUGGGGGCUGAUACCUGUUCCAAGCAUUCUCCCUGCAACCGCCGAGGGGGCCAGCUGGCUUCUUGUAUAUAGUAACGGAGAGCAGCUCAUUUUCGAGCUCUGCACAGCAAUAUGUUGGCUUUCUAUUGUCUUACCAAAUGCACAUUGGUACCAACAGCAAAACCUAGGAGUGAAAAAUACUUUUUUUUUCAAAUUGUAUUUCCAAAUAAACACUUUCCCUCCAAAUAUAAUUCUCAUUCUGAGUUUGAA